UUGCUUUUUUUAGGCCCGAUCGUCUUCAUAUUCCUUCUUGAUUUUAGAACAGCGCCGGUGAUAACAGGCCUAUCGGAUGUGAUUUCAUUUACGACGAGAACAGGCACACAACAGGGUGUUCGAUCGCAUGUGCUACGUGUGGAGACACAUCGUGAGCUGGCGGCAUGGGUGAAAAGCAUCGUCACAUGCACCUACGAGGCAUGCACGGAAACAGGCCAAGUCUCAUGUCCAUGCGCCUGGCAAGAUGAGCAGUGCGAAUUGGUACUUCAGCUCGACAAAGGUAUCAGCCUGAUCGGGCAUGACGGGCAAAUUCGAUGGCAAUAUCCAUUCGAGGCAAUUCGAGCCACCGGCGAUGACGGCAAUCGUUUCCUGUGGAUCGAUUUCGGGCCACCAUCCGAUGAAUUGGUACGCUUCGCAUAUGCGAUUUGACG